CUCUUCUUCUCCUGUACUCUCUUCUGGUUUCCUGAACCGUCCCUGGCUGAUGAGAUAGGCCGUCUCUUUUUUUUCUUUUCUUCCCCCCCCUCUCUUCCUUUUGACGUCUACCGGAUAGUCGAUGGGCCUAAAGAAUAUCUGGACUUUUUCUCGUGCACCCGGCUUCCUUGAUCGCAACGUCUUCCUCGCCAUUCUAUUGCCUAAAAGCAUUCCUCUUUCUCCUUGCUGUCGCUUAAACCGACAAUCGUUACGCCACUUCUAUUCUCCCUCCCUCAGAAUGGAGGAAUCUUCUCAACCGCGGAUUUCCGACGAUCACGUCCAAUAUGAUGGCAAAGAAUACAGAGCAGUGAAAGAGGGACUGGCUUUCAUCUUGAACGCACCCGCAGAGGAUGCAGCCUCCAAGGGGACAAAAAAAGAUCUCAAGGUUGAUGAUGAGGCCCAGUCCGUGUUCUAUAACCCGAUACAACAGUUUAAUCGCGAUCUGAGCGUGCUUGCAAUUAAGGCCUACGGCGAACACGUGCUGGCCUCGAGGAAACAAAGGGCCGACAAGAGGAGGCAGAAAGAGACACGGGAUUGCGGCGCAAAUGGGAAAAAGCGAAAGAGGGACGACCCAGAUACCGAAGGCCCUACCAGCAAAGAGGACCUGCCGGACUCGGGGACGCACGCGGGCCCAAGUAACUCGCCGUCAUUUACGAUUCUAGAUGCGCUCUCGGCCACCGGCUUACGAGCACUUCGAUAUGCCUCGGAAAUUCCUUUUACCACCCGGGUGGUUGCCAAUGAUCUGUCGCCUUCCGCCAUCGAGGCCAUGAAGACCAAUAUCGAGUACAAUGGGCUAGGAAAGCUUAUCCAGCCAAACAUUGGCGAUGCUCGGGCUUAUAUGUAUAACAUACCCCACGCGACCAGCAUGCAGAACAAUGCAUCACCCUCUGGUAGGUUCGACGUCAUCGAUCUUGACCCCUACGGCACGGCUGCGCCCUUCAUGGAUGCGGCGGUCCAGGGAGUGAAGGACGGAGGGUUACUCUGCGUGACCUGCACCGAUGCUGCCGUGUGGGCUUCAAACGGAUACCCAGAGAAAUGCUUUGCCUUAUAUGGCGGCGUGCCGUCAAAGGGUUCGCAUUCCCAUGAGGCUGGGUUGCGCCUGAUCCUCCACGGACUGGCGACGUCUGCUGCCAGAUAUGGGCUAUCAAUCGAGCCGCUCUUGUCCUUAUCGAUUGAUUUCUACGCUAGGGUUUUUGUUCGGGUUCAUCGCUCUCCGGCCGAGGUAAAGUUUGCUUCGGGAAACACGAUGUUGGUUUUCAAUUGCGAUUCGGGGUGCGGGGCUUGGUCAACACAGCCUUUAACCCAGACGAAACAGAAACUCGAUAGAAAAGGGAACCCUUUCUACCACUAUGGGUUUGCACAGGGGCCGGUUGCAGGGACUCACUGUGAACAUUGUGGGUCCAAGACACAUGUGGGCGGGCCAAUGUGGGCCGGACCUCUUCACAACCCCCAGUACAUCCAGAAGAUUCUUGACAUGCUUCCUGGUGCCAAUACAGAAACAUACCAAACCUUGGGCCGGCUUGAAGGCAUGCUAAUCACAGCCCUCGAGGAGGACCUGAGUCUCAGCGAUUCCGCGGAAAGUUUGUCUCCAGAGCCUGCCGAUGCCAAUAGUACCGACUCACCGCAAGAGCACCCAGUGGCUAUCGUCGCCCGAAUGGAUCCAGCUCUCCGCGAACCGCACCCCUUCUAUUUCAACCUCAAUGUUCUGGCAAAGGUCCUGCACACGUCAACUGUUCCAUACGACGCCUUCUGCGGGGCGCUUCGACAUAUGGGCUAUCGGACCACUCGUAGUCAUGCGAAACCUAACACAGUGCGCACUGAUGCCCCUUGGACCAUCAUCUGGGAAGUCAUGAGAGAAUGGGUGAGACAAAAGUCUCCCAUCAAGGAGGGUGCCCUCAAACCUGGGAGUGCUGGUGCAACCAUUAUGGCCAAGAGUCGAGAGAUCCCGCAGAGCGCUGAUCAAGAUCAGCUGUUAGAUCUUUUCAAACGAGAAGUCCUUUCCGCUGCUGAGGGCGGGAAAGAUAUAUCCGACUUGGUAACCAGGGUGGAGGCUGCAUUGUAUCGCUUAGGAUCUCGACAGCCACAGAAGGAUUCGGCAGAGACAACUGGAGAAGUAGACCCGCGAACGUCGCCAAACAAAGCAGCGCCGGUGAUCUUCGACGAAGGCUUGGCUAAAAAAGCAUCUGGUAGAAAGCGGCUAGUUAGAUACCAGAUCAAUCCUCGGGCCAAUUGGGGUCCUCUGAACCGGGCAUCUGGUGGUGGUCGAAGAUAAAGCAAAAAAGAAAGAUAGAAAGGAUAAGGGCCGGGAUAGAAGUCUUCUGUUGUUACUGACGAUGUAUCUAGACAAGCGGCUUCUUUCUUUGCCAUCUUCCAUGCAACCGAGGGUGUCUUAGAACUCCUAGUUCCAUAGACCCAAAUCUGCAAGGCGUAGAAAGCAAACUUGUAUACAAGGUCAUGUUAAUCAAACAAGG